AUGGCUGAUUCUACUGUAUCAGAUGUUAGUAAAAUGAAGGUAGUAGAUUUGAGAAAAGAGUUGAAGUCUCGUGGACUUUCAUACGCCGGUGAUAAAGCUGAGCUUAUUGCAAGAUUGCAAUCAGCUAUGUCUGAGGAUGACCAUGGAGAUAUUAAUCUGGAUUCUGAUGAAAUUGACUCAGAUGGAGUAUUAGAAGACGAGGAAGACAAAAGUCAAAAUGAUAUACUUGACGAUUCGGCUGUAGAUACUCUCAACGAAGAACUUGCACUGGUAGAAAAUUCUCCGGAAAAACACAUACCAGAAAGUAAGCCUCUGAGGACUUUGAAAAGAAAAAUCACAACAGAAACUCCUAAAACUGAAAACAAAGAAACAAUUGCAAAAAAAAUUGUAUUAAACCGAUCGGUUUCUGUUUCAUCAAUUACCACAAAAUCCUCAGGUGAUAAAAAAGUAAUAGAGGCGCCAGACACUGAUAUACCAGAAAAAAUAUCGUCUAAUAAUAAAAUAAAAAUUUCGGCUGAAAUAGAUCCAAAAACUAGGCUUGAAAUGCGCGCUAAAAGGUUUGGAUUGCCAGUGAAAAUGACAGAGGAACAGAGAAAAGAAGCAAGGAAACAAAGAUUUAAUCAGAAUACAGUUUCUAAUAAUAGUAACGCAAGUAUUACUACAGCAGAAUCUGGAUCUUUAGCUGAUAAUAUAGAUAAGUUAAAACUGAGAGCUCAAAGAUUUGGGCAGUCUGUAUCAGCUAUCAUGACUGACAUUGAAAAUAAAGAAAAGCUGGAAAAACGAAAAGCUAAAUUCAAUGCCAACAAA